AUGCGCUUUGAUCAGCAGUUCAUGGACAGUAUGGCAGGCCGGCAGAAUGUUUAUAGUGCGGAUGAGAUGAAGGUGGACUGCUGCUUGCUCAGCCACAACAACAGCUACGUUGUGACCGGGUCAAGCAGUGGGCCCCCGCAAGUCUGGGAUAUGCACGUAAGCUCUACUCUUCUUCGCAUUUCUACAAGUCAUCGUACUGUUGUUUGA